GCGGGGAGCUGGGGCUGGAGACAUUAAGUCCAAGGUAGCGACGAUCGCGGCAGGGAGGAGGCAAACGAGCGAGAGGCGAGGCGGCGGGGGCUCGAGUCCAGUCGCAGCCCGCGCCCCGCGCGCCCCGGGCCCGGGCAUCCCCGGGACGGGUGUGCGCGCGGGGCCUCGCCGUGGAGCGGGGGCCUCGCGGUGGCGCGGGGUCCCCGCAGUGCCGCCCGCCCGAGCGCCAGGCUCGCAGGAGCCCGGCUUUCACUUCCUCUGCCUCCGCCCGUCUCCCCUGCUCGCCGGCUGGCGUCGCCACCGCCUCCUCGUCCCCGGCCACCGCUGUCGCCGCUGCUGCAAUCCAGGACGCACACUUCCACUUUCCCGCUGGAGGCGGAGGAUGCCCCUUGCACCAGACCCGGAGAAGUAACGCCCGGGCCCGGCCGGAGGAGCCUCGGUGGCCAGAAAGGAAACCCAGCUCCGCUUCCCUUAAUACCACUGCAGCGGCUGCCAGCCGGGAAGGCGCCCGCGGAGUGGCUCGCCGAGCGAGCGGGGCGAGGGAGUCUCAGAGAGGAAUCCCGGACGCCCGCGGGGCUCCGCGGGAGGAGUUUGCAAGUGGCUGAGACCCUCUCAGGUGGCAGCCCUGAGCCCUAGUGCAUGACCGGAUGGAAGCCCGCCAGCUUCUGCUUCCAGGAGGUGGACACACGGGGCUCAGCCCCGCCCUGGGGGAGAAGCCAGAGCGGGCCUCGGGGAAGUAAUCCCGCCCGACAGGCCCCAGGGCCCGAGGAAGGGCAAGAAGGGUGCUACCGCGGCGGGGCCUGCAGAGUACUCCAGGUUGAAUUUUCAAACUCUUUGUGAACUCUCUGAAGCGAGGAACAAGAUGUAGGAAAAUGGGACCUACUCCUCGGUGUCUGGGGCCUCAGAACUCCUUCUGCAGCCCAAGGAAGCUCACCUUGACCUCCGGACCGCUGGGGAGCUCUGCCCUCGGUUCUCUCUGCCUAGGCCAAGUGCUCCACGUGUCCUCCAGCUCUGGUCCUGGCCAUCACCUUCACAGACGGAACACGCCCGCAGACCCCCAGGGGGUCCGUCUCUAAGGGGAGCUUGGGAAAGGAGGCCCCCCUGUCCCCUCCCUGUGUGCCACCUCCAGCCAAGUCCCAGCACGCCAGUCCGGAAUGAUCCGGCUAUGGCCAAGCUCUGGUUCAAGUUCCAGCGGUACUUCCGCAGGAAACCUGUGCGCUUCUUUACCUUUCUGGUGCUCUACCUGACGGCAGGGAGCCUCGUCUUCCUUCACUCAGGCUUCGUGGGCCAGCCCGCCGUGUCCCAGAACCAGGCCAACCCGGCCGCCGCCGGGGCCCCGGCCGAGAGCGCGGAGCUGCCCUUCCUGGGCGACUUGCAUCUGGGCAGAGGCUUCCGGGACACGGGCGAGGCCGCGAGCAUCGCCCGCCGGUACGGACCCUGGUUCAAGGGCAAAGAUGGGAAUGAGAGAGCCAAGCUGGGCGACUACGGAGGAGGAGCGUGGAGCCGAGCCCUCAAGGGGCGGGUUGUCCGGGAGAAGGAGGAGGAGCGAGCCAAGUACAUCGGCUGCUACCUGGAUGACACCCAGAGUCGGGCCCUGCGAGGCGUGUCCUUCUUCGACUACAAAAAGAUGACUGUCUUCCGUUGCCAGGACAACUGUGCAGAACGGGGUUACCUGUAUGCUGGCCUGGAGUUCGGCGCCGAGUGCUACUGCGGCCACAAGAUCCAGGCGGCGAACGCGAGCGAGGCGGAGUGCGACAUGGAGUGCAAGGGCGAGCGCGGCAGCCUGUGCGGCGGCGCCAACCGCCUCUCCGUCUACCGGCUGCAGCUGGCCCAGGAGUCGGCCCGCAGGUAUGGAAGCGCCGUCUUCCGAGGCUGCUUCCGCAGGCCCGACAACCUCUCCCUGGCCUUGCCCGUGACGGCCGCCAUGCCGAACAUGUCCGUGGACAAGUGCGUGGACUUCUGCACGGAGAAGGAGUACCCGCUGGCGGCGCUGGCGGGCACCGCCUGCCACUGUGGGUUCCCCACCACGCGGUUCCCCCUGCACGAGAGGGAGGAUGAGCAGCUCUGUGCCCAGAAGUGCAGCGCGGAGGAGUUCGAGAGCUGCGGGACUGCCAGCUACUUCGUCGUGUACCAGACGCAGGUCCAAGACAACCGCUGCAUGGACAGAAGGUUCCUCCCAGCCAAGUCCAAGCAGCUCAUCGCUCUGGCCAGCUUCCCAGGCGCCGGCAACACGUGGGCUCGCCACCUCAUCGAGCUGGCCACCGGCUUCUACACCGGCAGCUACUACUUCGAUGGCUCCCUCUACAACAAAGGGUUUAAAGGUGAGCGGGACCACUGGCGCAGCGGGAGGACCAUCUGCAUCAAGACACACGAGAGCGGCCAGAAGGAGAUCCAGGCCUUCGACGCCGCCAUCCUGCUCAUCCGUAACCCCUACAAGGCCCUCAUGGCCGAGUUCAACCGCAAGUACGGCGGCCACAUUGGCUUUGCUGCGCAUGCCCACUGGAAGGGCAAAGAGUGGCCGGAGUUCGUGAGGAACUACGCGCCGUGGUGGGCCACUCACACGCUGGACUGGCUCAAGUUCGGCAAGAAGGUGCUGGUGGUGCACUUCGAGGACCUGAAGCAGGACCUGUUCGUCCAGCUGGGCCGGAUGGUGGGCCUGCUGGGUGUGGCCGUCCGGGAGGACCGGCUGCUCUGCGUGGAGAGCCAGAAGGACGGCAACUUCAAGCGCUCGGGGCUCCGGAAGCUGGAGUACGACCCCUACACGGCGGACAUGCAGAAGGCCAUCUCCGCCUACAUCAAGAUGGUAGACGCGGCCCUGAAAGGCAGGAACCUCACGGGCGUUCCCGAUGACUACUACCCCAGAUGAUGGGUCGGCUGGGGAAGGGGGUCCCGACCGAGCCCCCGGGGACCCCUGCCCCUCUGUCCUCUCUUUGGCACGGGGACAUCCCCUUGGCUGCUGUUGGCCUUCGAUGAGUUUCCUGCAUGACCAAGGAGCCUCCAGGGAGGAGGUUCCAGGCACGACCCUCACCUGCUCACAGUCCCCUUUACAGAAGCAGGAGGCCACCGGUGGGGGCGUUCCAGCCACGCAGACCCUCUUCCGUCUCUCCCUGCCCCCCCACUCUGGGUUCCGCUGUGGGAGGGAGGGCUCGUGGGGGUCCCGGAGACGUGGGCGCCUCUCCCAGGUGCUGAGACGCAGGAGCCGAAGGGGCAGGAGGAGGGAGGUAACCCCGGCUGCUCUGCCCUUCGGGGCUGGGCUUCCGGAGCCUCCCCGUCUCCCCACCCAAGGGGCACCCAGGUUCCCCAGGCUGCUCGUGUGUGCAGGCCACGGAUUGCAGGGAAGUUCCUCUGUAGCCUUAGGUUUCUGACAUCGGGUGGGGAGGGGGGCCCUGGUGCUCACAGCAGGUUAAAGGUCACCAUCAUGGGGGCCUACUGCCCGCCCCUAGGUCACACUGCUCCGGAGAAAAGAUCAGUUGCCUGUUCACCUCUAAGGUCAGAAUUCUGCCCUUUUCCUCCCCCACGGGGCCCGGGCGGUGGCCGUGGGUGCAUCAGGCACCAACAGCGACUCCACUAGGAUGGCCGCGCGCCGCCUGCAGAAUCCGAGUAGGAACGAGGGCCCUAGGAACGCAUCGUUUCACAGGGUGGGGGCCGACACAUCGAUCCUUCACUGCCUUCUGCCCCCACCGGUGGGCCCUUCGCUGGCCAGGUGAGAGGGCAGAGCCAGGGUGCUCCCGGUCAGGCGGAUCCAAACCCAAAGGAGACCCCGCGCUGCCUUCACAGACCAUCACCCUCCUGUGGUCCCAGUUCAGAAGUGGCAGCUUCUCUUGGGAGUCCUUUAAGGGACAGUGAGACGGAUGGGGUGGCCCUCCGUUGCCACACAAACGCUGCUCCCCCGAGGCUGAGACGGCGAACCAAAGGAUUCCCGAGGGCCUGGGUCCCCGGUCCUCGGCGGCAGACAGCAUCGGUGCAGAAUCCCUCCGCUUCCCCCCGCCGCCGCCGCCGGAGACCCGAGGCUGCGCACUGGCCGCCUGCACGCCUGCUCCGCCCCCACCGUGUAGAUGCAAAGCCAUAGGCCUCCGCUCUUUACUCUUCGGUCUGGAGCCACCCCCGCCCCCAGGCAGCCCCUCUGAAGCCUUGGGUUGCAAGCAAAGGCUCCUUCCCAAACAGCCAAGACACUAUGGAGAAGGCGAGUGUGAAGAGAUCUAUUUUUUUAAGAGGACGAUGACUCAUACGUUUCGCCCCUGGGAACCUGGCCAUGCAAGAGGAGGGGCCGGGGAGUGGGACCCGCCGUGGUCUCCCGGACCCCCUCAUCUGUGGGAGGUGGGCUCCCCCAGGGCCCAGCCAGGGGGCUCUGAAUGUAUUUUGUACCAUGUUCCCCCGGCCCUAGGCUAGUUUCUAGUCUCCUUUCGCGAAGAGGAGAGGGCCUAGGCCCCCGCCCCUCCGAGGCCAGCUCUCUCUGGGAGCCUCUUGGGCCGAGACCCGGGCCGGUUCUUUGCCAGCGGCCGACUCAGGCCCCAAGCCCCUGUCUGAAGAUUCCUCAGGUCAACGCCAUCAUUAAA